UGCAGCCAGAAUGGCAGACUGCCUCGUCCCCAAAACCAGACAGAUGCUGCAGAAAUGGUUGGACUGGCACAGGUGGUAAAUGAAUCUGCCCCACCCCAGGUGCAACAGAAAAACUUAGAUAAGGAACUAGUACGACAGCUGGCUUAUAUGGCAGCUGGAGACUUGGCUCCCAUCAAUGCCUUUAUUGGGGGUCUGGCUGCUCAGGAAGUAAUGAAGGCCUGCUCAGGAAAAUUCAUGCCUAUCAUGCAGUGGCUUUACUUUGAUGCACUGGAGUGUCUUCCUGAGGAUAAGGAGACCCUAACCAAGGCCAACUGUUACCCGAGGCAGACUCGCUAUGAUGGACAGGUGGCCGUUUUUGGCUCUGACUUACAAGAAAAACUGGGGAAACAGCGGUUUUUCUUGGUUGGGGCUGGGGCUCUUGGCUGUGAACUACUCAAAAAUUUCGCCAUGAUGGGCCUAGGCUGUGGGGAAGGUGGAGACAUUACUGUUACGGACAUGGACAUCAUCGAGAAGUCCAAUCUCAAUCGUCAAUUCCUCUUCCGUCCUUGGGAUGUUACUAAGCUGAAGUCAGAUACAGCAGCUGCUGCUGUGCGACAAAUGAAUCCACAGAUACAUGUAACUAGUCAUCAAAACCGAGUGGGACCUGACACAGAACGAAUCUAUGAUGAUGAUUUUUUCCAGACCCUAGAUGGUGUGGCCAAUGCGCUGGACAAUGUUGAUGCCCGAAUGUAUAUGGAUAGACGUUGUGUCUACUAUCGGAAACCAUUGUUAGAGUCAGGCACUCUGGGAACUAAAGGGAACAUCCAGGUUGUGAUACCUUUCCUGACAGAGUCUUACAGCUCCAGCCAAGACCCCCCUGAGAAAUCCAUCCCUAUUUGUACACUCAAGAACUUUCCCAAUGCUAUUGAACAUACACUUCAGUGGGCUCGGGACGAGUUUGAAGGCCUCUUCAAGCAGCCAGCAGAGAAUGUUAACCAGUACCUCACGGACCCAAAGUUUGUGGAACGAACUCUGAGAUUGGCAGGGACACAGCCUCUAGAGGUCCUAGAAGCUGUACAUAGGAGCCUAGUGUUGCAGCGCCCCCAUGACUGGACUGACUGUGUGCGUUGGGCCUGCCUUCAUUGGCAUGCCCAGUAUGCCAACAAUAUCUGUCAACUCCUGCACAACUUUCCUCCAGAACAGCUCACAAGCUCUGGUACCCCUUUCUGGUCUGGACCUAAGAGAUGCCCACACCCCCUUAUCUUUGAUGUUACAAAUCCUUUGCACCUGGAUUACAUCAUGGCAGCUGCCAAUCUCUUUGCACAGACAUAUGGACUAACAGGCUCAAAGGACCGGGCUGCAGUUGCUACUCUUUUACAGACAGUGCACAUCCCCAAGUUCACCCCUAAAUCUGGUGUCAAGAUUCAUGUUUCUGAUCAGGAACUACAGAGUGCUGGUGCUUCUGUUGAUGACAACCGCUUGGAGGAACUGAGAACUAUGUUGCCCAGCCCUGAGAAGUUGCCUGGCUUCAAGAUGUCCCCAAUUGAUUUUGAGAAGGAUAAUGAUAGUAACUUCCAUAUGGAUUUCAUUGUGGCUGCAUCUAACCUACGAGCUGAGAACUAUGACAUUCCCCCUGCUGACAGGCACAAGAGCAAAUUGAUUGCGGGAAAGAUCAUCCCAGCCAUUGCCACUACUACUGCUGCAGUGGUUGGUCUUGUCUGUCUGGAACUGUAUAAGGUGGUUCAGGGGCACAAGCGGCUUGAAGCCUAUAAAAAUGGUUUCCUCAAUCUUGCUCUACCUUUCUUUGGCUUCUCUGAACCCAUUGCUGCACCCCGUCACAAGUAUUAUGACCAUGAGUGGACUCUCUGGGACCGGUUUGAAGUCAAGGGACUCCAGCCUGGGGGUGAGGAAAUGACUCUCAAGCAGUUCCUGGAUUAUUUCAAGACAGAGCACAAGUUGGAAAUCACAAUGUUGUCUCAAGGUGUAUCCAUGCUCUACUCUUUCUUCAUGCCAGCUACAAAACUCAAGGAGCGACUCGAUCAGCCAAUGACAGAGAUUGUGAGCCGAGUGUCAAAGAGGAAGUUGGGCCGCCAUGUGCGGGCAUUGGUACUGGAACUCUGCUGCAACGAUGAUAGUGGUGAGGAUGUGGAGGUGCCUUACGUGCGCUAUACCAUCCGCUGAUCCCUGGCUGCUGGUUUUCCUACCCCUUCUCCAUUCUUUUCCACUCUUCUUUAAUUCCCUUCCUCCAUCCUGCCCAACCAACUUUCCUCCCAGUAAGGCUGGCUGGGUGGUCCAGAUCCACAGGAAUAUUCCACUGGCAUACCUCUGCUCAGUUUAGCACUUGGGGAAACCUUUCUACUACUGUUUGAAACCUGAAUUCAAAAUAAAAGAGUUAUUAACAGAAA